AUGCGUUCAGCUGCACACGUUAUCCAGAUAUCUUUGAUAUACAACAAUUACGGCUGCUAUUGUGGCUUCGGAGGGAAGGGGACCCCCCGAGAUGGAGUGGAUGCGUGCUGCCAAAUUCACGAUAAAUGCUAUAAAAAUAGCAGAAAGAUUCCUGGAUGCGGGGAUGUUGAAAACCUUCCUUACAUUAUUGAUUUCGAUUUUACCUGCAAUAAUCAAAGAGUGACCUGCUCAGCGGCCAACAAAACGUGUCAAGCUGCUGUGUGCGAGUGCGAUCGUGCUGCGGCUCACUGCUUUGCGCAGAAUACAUACAACCCAGAAAACAAGAACCUGGAUCAGUCAGUUUACUGUGUCAACUGAUCACAUCACCCACCACAGAUGAAAGAGUGAUUUGUCACUUUUCAAUACUCACUAUUUCCCGUUUGUAAGCACUUAUGACACAGCUGACUGAUUCUUUUAAGGUGUCAGUUUGAACACUGAUCCACAAGUUUAACUGAAAUAUUUUCAACUUUUGAUCCGAUUACAAAAUUGAUUCUGCUGUCUUUAAACUGACA